GAGGCAGAUACAGGUGGCGUUAGAUUGGGGCAAUCUUUUCAGAGGGCCUCUUGUCCGUGAACUAUAAUCAGUGAUUAUCGUGCGCCGGUGUUUGGUCUUGUCCGUUCUUACAGCCAUGCUCCCUGUCGCUAACUUGCAUCUCAAAGACCUGUACGACACCACCGUGGAAUUUUUUGCUCUUCGUAGUCCUACCUUUGCGUUUCGUGCAUUCACAAGCGACUACACAGACUCUAGUGGGCCCUCCACCCCACGAGAUCUUUCCCCCGGACCCGAUCACGCAAGACUAGCAAAGGACGGCACCUCUUUACGUGAACGACUGGAUGCUGCGGGUGUCGGACGUGUACAUUGUCCUAGCUCCUGUUCCUGUCGGUAUCUUGGUCCUUCUUCAACCGCCAAUUCUACUAUAUACUCAAUGAGCAGACGAGAGCUUGAUGCAGCGAAAAAUGAGCUGUCACGAUCGCAGACAGAGGUCGCCAAGUUGGACGAUCGGUGUAAAAUACUGGAGAAAACACUAUCGGAGACGAGAGAUAUGUUGCGAACUCGAGAUGCAGAGAUCGAAUGGCUGAAGAAAGAGAGAGAGAAGCUGUUGUCGGGACAUUGUUCUCGAUCGAUGGUGGAGCGUGCAGUACCUGGCGAUCGCCGCCGAAGUCAGGAGUCCACUCAUUCCCGUCACAGCUCUGGCCAAGCCCAAGAUCUGAGUAUGCAGUGGAUAGAGAAUCAGGGUAUGAUGAACACUUCGCCCACGAAUGGCUACCACGCAAAGAAAAAUGGAGAAGAGCGUAGCUCUUUUUCGUCCACUACGGAGGAAGAGCGGGCGCAAGCUAAGAGUCUCGAAACCUUUUUGACGAAAAGCGAUCUCUGGUCAGGUGCACAAGUCAUCCAGACCGUCCAGGACCUUAACUCAGAGAUACUUCAGUUUGCUGCAUCUGCAACUGAGCUGUGUACGUUUGUCAAACACCCACGAGUUGCAAAUCCAAAACCUACCCAAGCCACUAAUGAAACGACGACGAGACUGGGUCCGACUUUCUGUCGCAUCCUAUCGACACGCGAUCACACUCAGGAUCCGAUGCUAGUCCAACUCGCACUACAGGGCUGUAUCUCUAUAUGCAUAUCUCGAGCAUUGUCGACAUUCUGUCUCGGAUAUCAGUCUAAGACUAAUACCAUACUGGCUCAAAUAUACUCACGUAUGAUCCAAGAAGAACCCCAACCCAUGUCUUCUCGUUGGAGGGCGUUAACACAUAAGCAUAUCCAUGGACUUCAUCCCGAGCUGGAGGAUUAUAUUAGCAACGAAUUGACUGAGACGAUCUUCCGAUGGUCGUUGGACGUUUUCCUCAUAUCUGGGAGUUCGAACCCGCAGACAGUUCCUUCCUCGCGAGAGAACUUCAAAAGUCGAUUCGGGGCGCAAGUGCGGCGCAUUGCAAAGGCAGUGUACAAACUAGCCCAAGUCACAAGAGAGGAGAUCAUGUCGACAAACUUUGAAGUAAUAGCGGUAGAGAGUGGUAAGGCUUUUGACGCUCAGGAAGUGGUGGAUGCGUUUGAAGAUUACGGGACUUCGAAGGGAGCUGUCCUGUGUACCACAGAAUUGGGGCUGAGAUGCUCGACGAGGAAGAGCCCGAACGAAACCGGAAAGCCUGAAGGCGAAGGAUGCAUAGAGCGACGAUGUUUACUGCGACCUAAGGUGGUCCUAGAAUCCGUAGUGGAAGUGCUUGAUCCUCGUUGACAGCGCUGCUGUAGGAUGAGCUGUUGCAUGAGGCAUUAAAUUACACCACUUAAUCUCGAAUUUACUUACCGUUCGUGUUUUCGACUGUCACUGUACUGUUACUGGAUAUCAUUGUUACUGUAUUAUGCGUCAUGGACAAUUGCAUCUGUUGUAUUCUCAAU